GUUUGCCUGAAUCCAUCAUAGCAGCCGCAUGUUCCAGAAGUGGCCAAAGAGUUCUGCAUUUGGAUUCGAGAGCGUACUAUGGGGGAAAUUGGGCAAGUUUCAGUUUCUCGGGAUUAUUGUCUUGGAUAAAAGAAAACCAGGAAAAGGAAGAUGCUUGUGAAGAAAGCGAAACCUGGAAAGAACGGAUCCUUGAAAAUGAAGAAAGCAUUCCUCUUCGCCAGAAGGACAACACCAUUCAGCACGUUGAGGAGUUCUGCUACGCCAGUCAGGAUUCCAUGGAAGAGGUGGAAGAAGACGGUGCUCUGCCAAAGCUCUCUGCUCCAGUUACUCCUGCUUCUAGUGAGUUCGUAGGAGACGCUCACACUACCAUGGAUGAAGAGCACUUGCCUUUAGAGAGUCAAUCGCCGGGAGACACAGGUGAAGAAACUUCCCCAGAAAGUUCUGCAGGGAGCCGCCCAGAAGUUGCAGGCGACCAGGAUAGCGAAGAAGUCACCUCUCCAGGUGAAGAGCCCCACAGCAACAUCACCUCCGAUCAAUCAGUAUCGGGAGCGGAGGCCAAUGAAUCCACAUCAAUAGCGGAUGCUACUGCUGAACCGGAGCAAAUUACUUAUGCCCAAAUUGUUAAAGAAGGCAGGCGAUUUAAUAUUGAUUUGACUUCCAAGUUGCUGUACUCCCGGGGACUGUUGAUAGACCUUCUGAUUAAGUCCAACGUUAGCCGAUACGCUGAGUUUAAAAAUGUCACCCGGAUUCUUGCAUUUCGGGAAAAGAGAGUGGAACAGGUGCCCUGUUCCAGAGCCGACGUCUUCAACAGCAAGCAGUUGACCAUGGUGGAAAAAAGAAUGCUGAUGAGGUUCCUGACAUUUUGCCUGGACUAUGAAGAGCACCCAGAUGAAUAUCAAGCUCAGCAGGACUGUAAGUUUUCGGACUACUUGAAAACCCAGAAGUUGACUCCCAACCUGCAGCAUUUCAUUUUGCAUUCCAUUGCCAUGGUCUCAGAGGCAGACAGCAACACCAUAGACGGCUUGAAGGCAACACAGAAAUUUCUGCAGUGUCUCGGCCGCUACGGCAACACUCCGUUCUUGUUUCCUCUGUACGGGCAAGGGGAGAUCCCGCAGUGCUUCUGCCGGUAA